GUUCGUGACACCGACAGACAGUACGUGAGUGCUGGUGGUGGUAGUCUUCUCCCAAUGCGUUUUCAGCCGCACAACGUAAAGCUCCAUCCCAACCGCCCGCGUUUUCCCCAUCGCAACUACGUGACUUGCCAAAUCGCGCCCCCCAAUUCGCACAAUCUAUCGAUCGGGGGGGGGGGGGGGGAGGCCCUAUGGUGGAUGUAUAGCGGGUCUGCAGCAGCAGCAGGCUCGCUCACCCACCACCCUUGCAUGAGCCCGGUCCCGGGUAGAACGAAGGGCGUGAGAAGAAACUCGAUCAUGUUUGUUUUGCUUCAUGCCCCCACCUGCCUCGAAUCGACUCGCGGUCGGUCGGUCGGCCGGACUGGCCAGCCGAUUUUUCGCCAUGCGAGAACGAUAGGAGGCAGAGACGCUCAGUCUUCUGGUGUGGCACUUGACUGCAGCGCGUUCCGAGAGCGAGCCAGCGAGCAACGAGUACAAGCACGCACACACAGAGAAAGCGAGGAAGAAUGAAGAGAUGUGAAGCCGUUACGAUAUUCGCUUCUCUAUAGUAGGUAUGUUACAUGAGAAUGGCAAGCUUCGGUCGAUUGCGGGAUGACUUCUGGAGGAUGCUUCUUGGGUG